AACCUUUCCCCAUCCCGCACGGGCGGCCGGCCCACUGCCCCCAAAUCUGCAGCGCCCCUCCUCCUCCCUUUGGUCUCCUCGCUGAGCCCAUGGCCGCCUCGCCUCACCACCGGACCGCCGCCCGUCCGGCGCGCUUCCUCCUCUCCUCUCCUCCCUCCCAUCCACUCCUCUUCUGGAGCUGCGCCCACCCAUGCCUCCGCCGCGGGCGCACGAAGAGCGCCGGCUGUCCGCCGCGUCGGCCGCCCCACCAAAUCUGAAGUGCUCCUCCACCGGAGCGGCGCCCGUCCGGCCUCCUCUCGCUCCUCCGGGCACAUCCUCCCGCUCCCUCCUCCGGGCACCUCCUCCCGCUUCGCCCAGGGCGCCCACGGCCAUACAUGUGCCAUCCACCCUGCCCACCAGCCAUGCCUCCGCCGCGCCAUAGGCAGAGCGCCGGCGCCGCGCUACCUCCUCUCCCUCCUUCCGCUGCGCCCACGACCCCCACGCAUCCAGUGUGGCGAACAUGCCCGUCGCCACCCCUGUACGCCUCCUCUGCCGCCGCCAGGCUGACUCCCGGCCCCACCUUGAAGCCGCCGCCGCUGCACACCACGCGCUGCUCUCCUCGCUCGCGUAUCGCCCCGCCUCACGGCACACUUUCCUCAGCUCCGUGCGUGUAGGCGCAGUUGGGACGCGGGUUGCCCGCCAUGGUCACCGUCCACUCUGUACACUCUGCUCCGCGGCGAGUCGAUGAUGAGGAGCCCGAUUCAAAGGUGAGGAGAAACUGAUGGUUUCCUCUUUAAAUUCGGUGCUCCACCUGAACUCACUUUGUAACAAUCGUGGUGGGCUUCUCCCAUACCACUCAUACCCGUACCACUGGUACUGGACGAAUUGGACGCCAGGGCCCCCAUCUUGGUUGUUCUUCCCCAGCUGCAUACGGAAGAGCCUGGAAUUUACGGCACCUAUAGGUGUAAUUUGGACACCGGGGUAGUGAUCUUGGUUGUUCUACGGUCGCUACAUAGCCAGACAUCCAAUCCUAGAGGAUAUCUGAGAUAUGGAGUCAAGUACAGCACUUAAAAGCAUCACUUCAGGACAGCAAAACUGUAGGGUCUUUGCACGCCUGAUAAGGCUUUGGGAUGCUAAAAUAAUUAAUCCCAGAUAUGGAGAUGGCUUGCUAAGCAUUGAUGGCAUUCUCUUAGAUGAAGAUGGCAACAUGGCACAGAUGAGUGUGCCCAAAAAAUAUGAAAAACAGUUUCGUGGAUUGCUAUCAGAAGGAUCUGUCUACAUUAUUUCAGAUAUUGUGGCUAUUGAUAACAAAAGCAAAUCAUAUGUCUACCACCAUCAGAACUACAUGUUGCAAUUCAAACAUGACACAAAGGUCCAUGCAUUGCACUCAAGAGGAGCAAAUAUACCUACUGUUUCCUUCAACUUUUGUCCAUUUGAUCAGCUGCCAAGAAAAGCAAUUGAUUCAAAACCACUCCUAGAUAUUAUUGGAGUAAUAAGUGAUGUUAGUCCAUACGAUUAUGCUACCCCAACAUCUCAGAACAAACUUCGGAAGAUAAAAAUCCGAAACCUAGAUGAACAAACGCAAGAAGUAGUUCUAUGGGGCAAACAUGGAGAAUCAUUUGAUGAAGAAGCAAUACUUAAAAAAUCUCUAGAAGGAAUUGUGAUAGCUAUUUUUGCUGGUAUAACUGCAACUUCACAGAAGUUUACAGGUACAAUACAAGGAUCUUCAAGUUCGGCAACACAGGUGUAUCUUGACCUCAAUAUACCUGAAGUUCAACACUAUCGCAGCAGCUACCAAUGGAAAUUUCCAACUCUACAAAAGAAUCUCCCUAAAGUCGCACAUCUAUCUCCACUUGAAGCAGCAGGCAAGCUGUAUACCAUUGAACAAAUAUCUACCUUGCCAACCACAUCUUUUCAGGGAGGAGCAACAUUCAGUACUAUUGCAAAGGUGACAUCCAUUAUACCAUCAGUCAAAUGGUACUACAAAGCAUGCAAGCGGUGUGGAAAAGAUUACAACAACAUGUCAGAUACCCCAACAUGCGCCUGCCAAUUUCCUGUUCCAUGCCCAAUGUAUAAGCUCCCCCUUACACUAACAGAUAGCUCAACAAGUUUAGAUGCAGUUGCAUUUAAUAAAGUAGCUGAAGACUUGGUUGAGCGUCAUGUUGAGCAAGUUUCUAUGAACAUGAAAAUAGAUGCUGUGGAUCAGGUGCUUUCCCUGGAUAAAGCCAUUGGUAAAGAAAGGUUAUUCUAUAUAGGAAUGAAUAUUGAUUCAACUGCCAAGUACCCUAUAAAAUGUCCUGAAAAAACUUUCCCCGUGGACAAUACCAAAUCGGUUCCUCUAUUAACUGCUUCAAAGCUUUUUCAGUCAGCACAAGAUAACCUUGCACCAACUUCAUCUGUCAUAAAUGCUGAGAGUCCAAGUGCACAGCAGCCAGAGGCCCCCUUGAACAAUACACCUCCAAGUGAUAACCGCACACCUAUCAUUACAAAGGAAAGUGAAUCCAGUUCCGAAGUAAAAAGAAGGAUUGAUUUUGACAAGGAUGAUGCCAACAACUCUAACAGCUCAAAAAGCACAGAUAGUCCUCUUUCGAAAAGGCAAAAGCAGAGUGAGAACAAUAAAAAUGCAGCAAACAACUAUGAAAAGACAGACUAAAAUGAAAGUGCAUACAAAGGCAACUUCCACAAUACUCAUACAAGCAGCUUCCACAAUGCUCAUACAGCCAACUUCCACAGUGCUCCAAAAGACAAAUAAUCAAGAAUGUUCAACUUCCACAGCGCUUUGACACUGCCAGCCGACAACAAUAUUUUUUUUUAUUGCUCAACUUCUAUUGUGACCGAGAAUGUUCUCAUACCCAUUACCUUUAUAUUGUAACCGAGAUGUCUACUCGUGCGUACUUUUGGUUUCAUGCAAGCGACUUCAAAGUUUUCUGGCAAUAUUUGCAAUUUUGUGCUUACCAACAAUGGAUACACUCCUAUAAAUGGGCCAUAAUAUUUUUUUUGUAAACUGUACAAUCGUGCAUGCAUGUAAAAUAUUUAUUCCUACA